ACUGAUUCACCUCCCUGGCAAAGAGUUGGAAAAGAUAAAGCACCAUGGAUCUAACUUAUAUUCCUGAAGACAUAUCCAGUUGUCCAAAAUUCGGAAACAAAUCCUGUCCUCCCACCAGCCGCCCUUUUCAUGUGCGAAUGAUGAUGUACUCCAUUAUGACUGGAGCCAUGGUUAUCACUGUCUUUGGAAACUUGGUGAUAAUGAUUUCCAUCUCGCAUUUCAGACAGCUUCACUCCCCCACAAAUUUCCUGAUACUGUCCAUGGCAACCACGGACUUUCUGCUGGGUUUUGUCAUUAUGCCAUACAGCAUGGUGCGAUCAGUGGAGAGCUGCUGGUAUUUUGGGGAUGGCUUUUGUAAAUUCCAUGCAAGCUUUGACAUGAUGCUCAGCUUGACCUCCAUCUUCCACCUCUGUUCCAUUGCUGUUGACCGGUUUUAUGCCGUGUGCUACCCCUUACACUACACAGCCACAAUGACCACCUCCAUGAUAAAGCGGCUGCUGGCAUUUUGCUGGGCAGCCCCAGCUCUCUUUUCUUUCAGUCUGGUUCUGUCUGAGGCCAAUGUUUCUGGUAUGCGGAGCUAUGAGAUCCUCGUUGCUUGUUUCCACUUCUGUGCACUUACUUUUAACAAGUUUUGGGGGACAAUAUUGUUCACCACGUGUUUCUUUACUCCUGGCUCCAUCAUGGUUGGUAUUUAUGGCAAGAUUUUCAUCGUUUCCAAACAACAUGCUCGAGUUAUGAGCAACAUGCCUAAGAACACACAGGGGGAAAUGAAACCACAUCUAUCUAAGAAAAAGGACAGGAAGGCGGCUAAGACCCUGGGUAUAGUGAUGGGGGUGUUUCUAGCUUGCUGGCUGCCUUGUUUCCUUGCUGUUUUGAUUGACCCAUAUUUGGACUACUCUACUCCCAUACUGAUCCUCGAUCUUUUGGUGUGGCUGGGGUACUUCAACUCCACCUGCAACCCCCUCAUUCAUGGAUUUUUUUAUCCCUGGUUCCGGAAUGCUCUCAAGUACAUAGUGUCAGGAAAAAUAUUUAGCUCUCAUUCAGAAACUGCAAAUCUGUUUCCUGAGACACAUUAAUUUUAAAAAACAUUAAAAAAUUAAUGGAAUGUUGAAAAUGAGGCUACUAUGAUUUGCUCUGAAGCACAUAUACUACAUCCCCAGAUAACUGCAAAUAUUAUUUUAUUGAAUUUCAGUAAUCUAGAUACAUUUUCUGGAACCUGAACAAGAGCUACAUUCAGUAUCUUUGAUCAGCCAAUCAAUCAAUCAAUCAGUCAUUCAUUAAUUAUCAACACUCACCUCUAAAAAUUGGUAAGAAAAAUGUACAAAAGAAAUAUAUACUAUAGUG